AUGCCCAAAAAACAUCACAAGCCCCUCUUUGCAAAACCAGCUAGUACCGCCCAUCACACCCUUGUUUCUUCAGGCUCUCAAGGCAGUCACAACGAUCGCUCCCGGCCGUCCCAAGCAUCAUCCUCCGAAUCGCCCUCUGUUAACGAUCUGAUCAGCCACCUUCGCCGCACGCAAGUAUCCCGAUCGUCUUUGCACGAUGGCUCCGCAAGUCCAUCUAGACAUCUUGCUCCACGAUCCGUCCAUCCUUCCCUGCGGAAUCUCCUGGAACUCCCAGAAACCCCGCCACCUCGGCCCCGUCCUGGUAGUCGCCGUAUCGGUGUUGGUGGACGACCGCUGAGAACAACCGCUGGACCUCCACCCCCUGAGAGCUGGCUUUUAGGAAAUUAUGCAACGGGAAAUUCAGACGAGAAUAAUCCAGCGGAUAUAGAAGCCGCCCAGACUGGAAGAAUUGUCUAUCGCCUGGAUCGUCUCCCGGGGAAGACCGUUCCUCCCAGACACACCCUGUUGCAUAUGUUGCUCAGUUCAAUGGCACUGCAUUGGACGUGGCAUCUCGAAUAUGAUGGACAGUUCCUCGCUCUUUUACCGACUCAUAUAAAGGAGUUGCUGCUUAGCUAUAUUAGUGUAUAUGCGAGAGAUCAACCGGUAGCAGGGAUGAUGCACGGCCUGAGACCUUUGUUCGAGAAGCGACGCGUUGAUCAGGAGACUGAAGAUAGAAAUGAUCUCCCUCAAGACACAGACACUGAUGUCUCACAACUCGAUCUUGGUGGUGCGAUCGGAAGGUGGCUGGAGUUGAAACAGCUUUUUACUGAGCUUUUCGUUUCACAAAAGCCAAAAUCUCUACAGCAUACUUCAAAGGAGCUUGUCCCAUCGUCAUGGGAUGUUGAGAGUGAUGACGACGCCGACGCCAGUGCCAGUCGCAACGUGUCCCUACCAAAAGCACCUAGCCAGGGACUUCGCUUCCAGAAUCUCCGUUUUCUUUCCCUGGCACACCCUAACCCUACUGCUGCGAACUGGAACUCGCUGAUAAAUCUCCUCUCGCGUCUAUCGAUCCUGACCCAUCUAUCACUGGCACACUGGCCAGUUCCGACUGUCACCCCGAACGCCGCCAACGUUCGCGUCCGACACCCAACACAGAGGUCUUUGACAUUCUCAUAUGGAGGCACGGAUUCUUACGCGCUAGUUGAGAAUAAUUGGGCAGAAGCAGCAGGGAUCUUACGAAGACUAUCGCGUGUAACCUACUGCCUUAAAUGGCUGGACCUGGAAGGCUGUGGAGACUGGAUUCCAGCCUUGAAUUGGGACGGCGUUGGACCGGACGGCGAGGUGUACUCCUCAGGCCCUGAGUGGAAUGGUGCUUGGAGAGACAUAGAGUUCAUCCGACUAGGGCCUGGCUGGCUCCCUCAUAUUGAUGAUAGUGAACUGGCUCAGAUUGCACGUCCGAUGGUAACACCGAGGCCAGACACGGCGACACCAUCUCCCGCUCGAUCAUUGACAACAUCCAUCCACUCUCCGUCUAGUGGUUUGGAGGAGGCCAAUCUACCGUGGGAUGUCGAACUGGAACGGAUCAAGUAUCAGCGGAGUAAAGAGCUAGAACAAUUCCGGGAGAUCAUGCAAACCGCGAAAGCAGUCCAGCAACGGGUGCUACGUCUAAGAAGAGAAAGUCGAGGUAAAUGGGUGAGAUUCUCCUUUGGAAUAGAGGGUCUAGAAGAGGAUGUAUUGAAGCGGUUGCUUGAUAUGGAGUAUUUGCGUCUUGUUCCUUGA